AGAGAUCCUUCUUAUAAACUCUUUCGGAAACGCUAUGUCGGGUGGCAUCGCACGUAGUCGUCUUGCGGAGGAACGAAAAACCUGGCGCAAAAAUCAUCCCCAUGGUUUUGUGGCUAAGCCUGAGAUAAAGCCAGACGGGUCUGUUAAUUUGAUGGUUUGGCAUUGCAUUAUCCCCGGCAAAAUAGGGACUGACUGGGAAGGUGGCUACUAUCCUCUUACUCUUAUCUUCUGCGAGGACUACCCUAGCAGACCACCUACAUGCAAGUUUCCAAAUGGUUUCUUCCACCCUAAUGUUUAUGCUUCAGGAAAUGUGUGUCUGUCUAUCCUGAACGCGGGGUGGAGACCAUCCAUUACGGUAAAGCAAAUCCUAGUGGGCAUUCAAGAUUUUCUUGAUCAACCCAAUCCAAGCUCCCCUGCAAAUCAAGAUGUAUGUCAGCUUUAUGUACAGAACUCAAAUGAAUACCAGAAAAGAGUUCAACAGCAAGCCCGGAAAUAUCCGCAGACUCUCUAGUCAUAUGCUUGGUCAACAGAAAUGGUGGAACUGUUACAUGUCAUUUAGCUACUUGACCACAUUUUGUUUAAAGCUCCUACAAGGACAUGUGAAAUUCUAGUUGAGUAGCU